CAUGUGCGCCUAUUUGUUUCUUGUCGAUCGUGGCUUAUAAGAGCUGGCGAUCCCUCAUAUGAUGGGUAUCCAGAUCUGCAAGUAAUUACGGAUACCUCGGCGUCGACGAAUCUCUCAAGUCAAGCCGUUUCCCACACAAGACAUCGCUAUGAGGUUAACAAAUCUCUUCGGCCUCCUGGCCGCUUCAACAAGUCUCGUCGCUGCUGUCGACUUGACAGGCUAUGAGUUCAUCGUCGUCGGCUCCGGCGCCGGCGGCGGAGUCUUGGCCGCCCGUCUCGCCCUUGCCGGCCGCAAGACCCUUCUCAUCGAAGCCGGCGACGACCAGGGAGCCAACGAGAACUACACUGUCCCAGCCUACCAAGCAAAAUCCACCGAAGAUGACGCCAUGGCAUGGGAUUUCUUCGUUCGUCACUACGCCGACGAGGCAAGACAGGCUCGCGACUUCAAGACCACAUAUGAGACACCAGGCGGCGGCGAGUACACCGGGCUCAACCCGCCGUCCGGCUCCAAGAUGAAGGGAACUCUGUAUCCUCGCUCCGGUACCCUUGGAGGCUGCACCGCCCACAAUGCACUCAUCGCCGUCUACCCUCAUCGCUCCGACUUUGACUACAUCGCCAGCCUCACCGGGGAUUCGUCCUGGUCAGCAGACAACAUGCGGAACUACUUCAUUCGCAUGGAGAACAACCGUUACCUCCUCCCCGGUGUGCCAGGCCAUGGAUACAAUGGCUGGUACAGCACCGAGACAGCGCCUCUCAACCUUGCCCUUCUCGACCCUCAGCUCCUGAGCCUUGUCACCGGCGGCGCCUUUGCCCUUGGAAACGAGACAAACUUAGUCUUCAACAUCGCCACCCUCCUCGCCGGCGAUGGUAACAACGUGGCCGCCAGCCGCGACACGACGCCAGGCUUCUACCAGAUUCCCAUCUCCUCCAACGACGCUCACCGUGUCGGCUCCCGCGAGUUCAUUGUCGCCGUCCGCGACGCGAAAACCAUCACUGGCGCGAAGCGCUACCCCCUCGACGUCCGCACAAGCUGCCACGUCACCAAAGUCCUCUUCGACAACUCCUCCCCGCCCAAGGCUACAGGCGUAGAGUUCCUUGACGGAAAAUACCUAUACCGCGCAAGUCCCCGCUCCCGCAACGCCGGCGCCGGCACCCGCGGCACAGCAACGGCCUCCCGCGAAGUCAUCAUCGCCGGCGGCGCCUACAACUCCCCGCAGAUCCUCAAGCUCAGCGGCAUCGGCCCCGCCGCCGAGCUGCGCAAGUUCAACAUCCCCGUCGUCAAGGACCUCCCCGGCGUCGGCACAAAUCUGCAAGACCACUACGAGAUCACCGUCCAGGGCCGCACGCCCGCCGACUUUAGCGCGCUCAACGGCUGCACUUUCGGGUUCAACGGACAAUCCGACCCAUGCCUCGCGCGCUGGAACACACCAAUCCUCGGCGACCGCGGCAUCUACGAGUCCUCGGGUUUCGCGGCGACAAUGUUCUACAAGAGCAGCACCACCGAGCGCAACGAGUGGGAUGUUUUUGCGUUUGGCGGACCCGUCAACUUUAGGGGCUACUUCCCCGGCUACAGCGUCAACGCAACCAUUGAGCAUGACUGGUUCAGCUGGGCAAUUCUCAAGUCGCACCCGCGUAACACGGCCGGCUCGGUGACGCUGCGCACGUCUGAUCCGCUCGACGUGCCGGAUAUUCUCUACAACUACUUUGAUACGGGCUCCGGCAACGCCGAGGCGGAUUUGCAGGCCAUGACGGAGACUGUGAAGCUCACCCGCGACGCGUUCAAGCGCCAGUUGGUGCCCAUCAAAGAGGAGUUGCCCGGUGCGGGCGUCCAGGGUGAUGCGGCUGUGAAGCAGUACAUCAAGGAUACGGCGUGGGGUCACCACGCUUCGUCAACGUGUCCCAUCGGUGCCGAUAAUGAUCCGAUGGCUGUGCUGGAUUCAAGCUUCAGGGUGCGUGGUGUGAAUGGCUUGAGGGUUGUUGAUGCGUCGGUAUACCCGAGAAUUCCUGGCACUUUUACUGCUGUGUCUACGUACAUGGUCGGUGAAAAGGCUGCUGAUGUGAUUCUGAGCCAGAAUCAGUAGACAGCGAGGGUGUGGGAGGCAAUUUUGGGAGGUUCUUGUUGAUUUCAGCGUGACUCUUGCAUUUGGAGUAGCAGCGAUGCGCUUAAUAUGAGUAAUAUCUCUACCUACCUUAUCCUAAGACGCAGGUCCCGUGGAAGUGAUUAGUUCGAGUCGACCAUCGUCGGCAAUGUGUCUUCUAUGUCACCCCUAUAAUUGCAACCCCAAAACUUCGUCAUGUAGAGGGUAAGAAUCGCAGGGUCAAUGGAUGCUGUAGGUGCUGUCGUCAUCUACAUGUAGCUUAUGGUAGUACACGGUAGGAUAUGAGGGUGGGAGUGUGAGGUAGGACCGUCGACGGCUUCGUGAAGCAUCGACUUCACGAAUCUCAACUCUAGCAAUUUCACUGAUUUUUAUGCAGAGUAUUAAUCCAGAAAUUCAGCUCUUCUAUCUAAGACGGGUAUUCAAGUUGCUGACUGUGGAAUUGAGGUG